AUGUGUAACAGAGUUUUGGACAGGCCAGUGUCUGAUUCACCUUCACCGGAUUUAAAGUCUUUUUCUGUUUUGUUCCAGUUUUUCAAGGGUCUUGCGUCCUCCGGCGCAUGGGCUUGUUUCGAUGAAUUCAAUCGAAUUGAAAUGGAAGUGCUGUCUGUUGUAGCUCAACAGAUACUGUGUAUUAUCAGAGCAAUACAAGGUCACUUGGAACGAUUUGUGUUCGAAGGAACAGAGCUAAAUUUGAACCCCAACUGCUACGUUUGUAUCACAAUGAACCCCGGCUAUGCUGGACGAUCUGAGCUGCCGGACAACCUGAAGGUGCUAUUCCGUCCCGUGGCUAUGAUGGUCCCUGACUACGCCAUGAUUGGUGAAAUAUCGCUCUACUCUUUUGGCUUCAUGGACGCCCGAAGUCUAUCCGUCAAAAUUGUCACAACGUAUCGAUUGUGCUCAGAACAGCUCUCCUCGCAGUCACACUACGAUUAUGGAAUGCGUGCGGUGAAGGCUGUGCUGUCGGCUGCCGGUAACUUGAAGCUAAAGUUUCCAGACGAAAAUGAAAACAUCCUGCUCCUUCGAUCUAUUUUGGAUGUGAACUUACCCAAAUUUUUGGCCCAUGAUAUUCCGUUGUUUCGCGGAAUCAUCUCAGACUUGUUCCCCGGUGUUGUCCUACCGCAAGCAGACUACUCGGUCUUUCUGAACGAGGCCAAACAAGUGUGCCAGGAGAAGAAUUUGCAGGCUGUGCCUUAUUUCACCGAAAAGUUGAUUCAGACAUACGAGAUGAUGAUUGUGCGUCACGGGUUUAUGUUGGUCGGUGAACCUUUCGGAGCAAAGACUGCUGUGCUGCACACCUUGGCUCAAAUGAUGACGAGGUUGAACGAAAGUGGGUAUGAGGAAUACGAAAAAGUACUGUUCAAAACUAUCAACCCAAAGGCAAUAACAAUGGGCCAACUUUUUGGCGAAUUCGACCCGGUGUCUCAUGAAUGGACGGAUGGCGUCACAGCUAACACAUUUCGGGAAUUUGCCUCCAACGACACACCGGACCGGAAGUGGGUCAUUUUCGACGGCCCUGUGGAUACUUUGUGGAUAGAAAGCAUGAACACCGUUUUGGACGACAACAAGAAGCUAUGCCUCAUGUCAGGCGAGAUAAUUCAAAUGUCCCGGGUGAUGAGUCUUAUCUUUGAAACGAUGGACCUGUCACAAGCCUCACCGGCCACGGUCUCACGGUGUGGAAUGAUUUACAUGGAACCUCGAUCCUUGGGAUGGCGACCGUUGGCUCGAUCGUGGUUGAAUCAGCUUCCUACCGUUUUGGUGGCUGGCGACGGCCGUGAUAUGAUCAACGCGCUGCUAGAUUGGUAUAUCGACCCAUGCUUAGAAUUCAUCCGGCUCAACUGUCGUUCCAUGGUCUCCACGCGCCCAGCCCACCUAGUUUGUUCUUGCCUUGGUUUUGUCAACAUGCUCCUCGAUGAUCUGGCUAAUCAGGAGGACGCUGCCGAAAAUCGCUAUCUCCGAUUGUGGACAUGCACCGCAUUCACUUUUGGUGUCAUUUGGGGAAUCGGUGGGUGUUUGGAUCAAGACGGACGACAAAAGUUUGACCGAUUUCUCCGAGCUAUGUUGCUUGGACAAGACGAGCGCAAUCCAGUGCCGAAAGAGCUUGGGCCCCGAAUCGAAUUCCAAAUUCCAGAAAGCGGAUUAGUUUACGACUACUACUAUGAGUUCAAGAGCCGAGGGUCAUGGAAACACUGGAAGGAACGGAACAAAUCGUUGAACCCGUCAGAAAAUCGUAACAUCCGAGAGAUAAUUGUACCCACAAUGGAUACGGCGCGCUACAAGUACAUGAUAGAACUGUGCUUGAACAAACACCGUCGACUAAUGUUCAUAGGUCCCACGGGGACUGGAAAAUCGGUGUACGUACAAGAAAAGCUGAUGAGGGAAUUGGAUGCGGAAAAGUUCGUCGCCUAUUUCCUCAACUUUUCAGCGCAAACCAGUGCAAAUCAAACUCAAAUGAUCGUGAUGUCGAAGAUCGACCGCAGGCGCAAGGGAGUGUAUGGGCCACCGGUUGGCAAGACGGCCCUGUUCUUCGUCGACGACGUGAACAUGCCUCAGAAAGAAGAGUACGGUGCACAACCCCCAAUAGAGCUCCUCCGUAUGUUGAUCGACCACGGUUACUGGUAUGAUCUCAAGGACACCACCAAACUCACCCUUCAAGACAUCAACCUGAUCGCAGCCAUGGGUCCACCUGGUGGAGGACGGAAUGAUGUGACUCAGCGAUUCCUAAGACAUUUCCAUCUCAUUAGCAUGACUCCAUUCAACGACGAGACUAUGUACCGAAUCUUCUCGACUCUGAUGAUGACCUAUAUGAAAUCGCAGGAAUUCAGCUCGGAAUACGUUACGCUGGGCCAGACCAUAGUGGCUUCCACACUCGAAGUGUACAAGGCCGCAAUGGAAAAUCUUUUACCAACCCCAGCUAAGUCACACUAUUUGUUCAAUCUGCGUGACUUCAGCCGCGUCAUUCUCGGUAUUUGCUUGAUUAGGAAAGAUCGUGUUGAAGACAAACGAACAUUCGUGCGACUAUGGACCCACGAGGUGAUGCGAGUUUUUUAUGACCGGUUGACCGAUGACUCCGAUCGAAACUGGCUGUUUCAACUAAUCAAAAACAUACUUGUCAACAACUUCAAGGAGAAGACUGAUUUGCUGUUCGCCCACCUAACCAAACGCGAAGGCGAAGCGGUGGGAGAAGAACACCUAAGAAGUCUAUUAUUUGGUGAUUUUAUGGAGCCAGAUUCCCUACCAGAGGAUCGCGCUUAUGAAGAAAUAAAGGAUAUCAAUGCGGUUUACCCAGUCGUGGAACAAUGCCUUGAGGAAUACAACCAAACGAACAAGAAAAAGAUGCCACUGGUAAUAUUUCGUUACGUGGUAGAACACUUGUCACGUAUAUGCCGAAUUCUGCGAAUACCGGGUGGAAACGCGCUUUUGGUCGGCGUUGGUGGCUCUGGAAGACAAUCUCUCACAAGACUGGCAGCUGCGAUGGCUGGAUACAGUCUGUUCCAGCCUGAAAUAUCUAAAAACUAUGGAAAGACCGAAUGGCGUGAGGACCUAAGGUCUUUACUGCGACGAGCUGGUGGUGAAGGGAAGAACACAGUGUUUCUUAUGACGGAUGCACAAAUCAAGGAUGAAUCAUUCCUAGAAGAUAUCGACAAUAUCCUGAAUGCUGGUGAGGUUCCAAACUUGUACACAUCUGAAGAAAAGGCCGAAUUGAUGGACAUGAUUCAGAGCAUACAGGAAGCCACGGCCGGGACUGGGAAAGCGGCUGACAUGUCACCACUGGCCUUAUACUCUUUGUUUGUGAAUCGAUGCCGCGAAAAACUGCAUGUGGUUAUGGGAUUCUCACCGAUUGGCGAAGCCUUCCGCAAUCGACUGAGGCAGUUUCCAGCUCUUAUCAACUGUUGCACUAUCGAUUGGUUCCAGCCAUGGCCGGAGGACGCUUUGGAACGCGUGGCCCACAAAGCGCUGGAGCGUUUGGAUAUAGAAGAAGGAGUUCGUGAUGUCACAGUGCACUUAUUCAAGUACUUCCACACCUCGCUCACACCGCUGGCCGAAAAGUUUCUUCAACGGUUGGGAAGGAAGACUUACGUCACUCCGACUUCCUACCUGGAACUUAUUGACAGUUUUCAAAGCCUGCUUAGAAAGAAACAAGAGGAAACAAGCAAGGCUCGAAUACGGUGA